AUGUCAGAUAUCGAUUAUAAAGCGUUGUUUCUCCAAGCUCAAGAGGAUCGGAGGAAAGCAGAGGAAGAAAAGAGGGAAGAGAAGUUACUAAGAGAGCAGGCAGAAAAGGAUAGGAGGGAGGAGAAGUUAUUAAGAGAGCAGGCAGAAGAGGAUAGGAGGCAGGAAAAGUUACUGAGAGAGCAGGCAGAAGCACUGAGAGAGCAGGCAGAAGCACUGAGAGAGCAGACAGAGGCACUGAGAGAGCAGUCGGAAGCACUGAGAGAGCAGUCGGAAGCACGAAAUCGUCGCACCACGUUCGCAGAGUUUAUACAAUCCGGUCAUGACCUUCUUUCGCGACCCUUGAGAGCUGGAGAUCCCGCCCGCUCAACUACUGGCAACAUCCCACAACCCACCGGCAAGCAUUGCCCGCUACGACUGGAACCCUGGACGGAUUGUGCUACAAGGCAGCAAGAAAUUUACAACUCAGUCUGGCACUAUCUACAACCGCGGGACAGAGACCCGCCCCGAUUAUUUCCCCCCCACCUGGUCCUGGAAGAACAUGGUCGGCGUUUCGCAAACCGACCUAUCACGAGUGAAAAGGACCUGGAGAGUUAUGAGCGCCUUGCUGUGGAAAACCAUGUAGUCGAUAUUAUUUCAGCACUAUGCAAGAUACCGAGCGCCCGCGAGGAGUUUUGCCUGGGGGAUGGAAUGUGGUUUGAAAACCACGCUAAUACCCUCGAAGAGAAUCCGCCCGAGAACCAGCAACGAGCAGAUUCCUCAUCUACCAAUCGACCCUCCCGCCCCGACCAGUUCUGUAUCCAUCGUGUCAAUGGAAAUACGAUGGCGUUAUUAACUACAGUUGAAUAUAAACCGCCUCAUAAACUGUCUAUUGAAACCCUUCGGGAUGGGCUCCGAUCGAUGAACUUCUAUCACGAGAUUGUCGAACAGGAAACAGUUCCUCCCGAUGGACCGGAGAAGUCGCGUUAUAAUGCGGCUCGGCUUGCAGGAUCAGCAAUUGUGCAGGAAUACCAUGUGAUGAUACAGGAAGGGCUUGAGUACUCAUAUUUAACCACUGGACUUGGGAUUGUGUUCCUGCGGGUACCCGACGAUUGCAGGACUCUGUACUACCAUCUGUGCGAGCCGAAUGUAGAUGUCGACUCUAGUGUUGGAGGCGGUCAAGGGCCUCGGACAGCAAUUGAAAGGGUGCUUUGUCUCUGUCUGAUGAGUUUCCGUUCAGCCCGUCGGGAUCAAACCUGGCGGAAUGCUGCUCAGGCACGGCUACCGACGUGGGAAACCAGCUUCAACCACACACUAUCUCAGCCCGCCAGCUCGGAGAGCGCCAGUUCGGAGAAUUCGCCGUCUGAGUACAGCCCUUCGUCCCCCGAGUCUCCCGAGUCCCUCGUCUCCGAGGGUCGUCGCCCACGCACCCGUUCCACCGGCUGUGCACCUACCAGUGCUGCCCAUCGAGAAGAUUCCCCAGACUCUGACCCUGACCCUGACCCUGCUGCUGCUGAACGGCGAAAACGGGGUCAGCCCCGUCCACAUAACCAUAGAUUCUGUACACAAAAAUGCCUUUUGGGUCUACAACGAGGCGAUGCAUUAGAUGCAAGCUGUCCCAACGUUGAACUUCACCGCGCGGGACAACAACACACCCAUCACCCAAUCCGUGCUCCGGAAUUAGUACAUAGGAUUAAGCAACAGUUGGAUGCGAAUCUAGAUGAAUACUGUACCCCGAUGGGAGGAUGUGGGUCUUAUGGCGCUCCGUUCAAGGUGACGUGCGCUGCGUAUGGCUACACAGUGGUUGGCAAGGGCACCACAACACGGCUCUGGUCCACGGUAUCACAGGAAGCAGAGAUCUAUCGGAUUUUGCAAAGUUUGCAAGGCUCCGCGGUGCCGGUAUUCCUGGGGCCUAUUGAUUUGGCCAUGAUCUACUUCCUGCACGGCGCAGGGCAGAUUCGCCAUAUGCUUUUAAUGGGCUGGGGGGGCGAAAACAUGAGCCACGUGGAGAUAGAUGCGACUAUCCAGCGUGCAAUCUCACGGGCCAAAAGAAAAAUUCUGUCUCUGGGAGUGGUGCAUGAGGAUCUUCGACCUGAGAAUAUUCUGUGGAACGAGGAGCUCCAGCGAGCCCUGAUCAUAGAUUUCCACCGGUGCCACUUGAAUAAUCGACUGAUGCCUGGCAACCCCCGCUCCCGGAAGAGAAGGUCGUCCGAAACCAGCGAGCAGAACAUCAAACGGGUGCGAGGACCGUGA